AUGGCCCUGCGUCUGGCCUUGCUGCUCCUCUUGGGGGUGCUGGCCCCCACGGUGCUCACAGUCGGGAGGCAGCUCUGGGUUCCCACAGCUUCCCUGAGCUGCCCCUCGGGGAGGGGAGGGCAGGGCAGGGGUCUCCGCGGGGUCCCCACCGCCUGCCUUGGCCUUGCAGCCGAGGGCCCGCAGGAGCCGGUGCCCACGCUGUGGAGGGAGCCCGCCGAGCUGCCCUCCGGGGAGGGGCCCGUGGACAGCGGCAGCCCCGCCGCCCCGCCCACCGCCACCGGCGCCCCCGCGCCCACCCAGUCCGGCCCGGAGGACAGCACGGCGCGGGAGCACCUCGAUCAGGGCGCCGGCUCCCUGGGCCCUGGCGCGGUGGCCGCCAUCGUCAUCGCCGCCCUGCUGGCCACGUGCGUGGUACUGGCGCUCGUGGUCGUGGCGCUGAGGAAGUUCUCCGCCUCCUGA